UGUUCAGUCUCUGAGGUUUAUAUUUUGCCUUUUUUGGAGGUUUUUCUUUAAUUUCAAGCAGACUCUUGCUUUAAAAUUUGUCAGGAUGUCUGCAGCCAGCAGUGAGCAGCUGCACCGGUCAACUUUAAAUGUCUAUUCGAACCUGAUGGAGCACUUUAACCCAGGCCUCCAGAAGCUUGUCACUCUGGGAAACGGCUACGUCAAAGCUUUCCAAGCCUUAGCACUCUGCAGCGAGGCAUACUUUAGCGCCGUGGCUAAGAUGGGUGACCAGGCACUUCACACACUUUCAUCUCGCUCUCUUGGAGAUGUACUGAUCCAGAUCUCAGAAACGCAGAGGAGACUCACUGCGGAGAUGGAGGGACUGUUUCGCUGGUUCCAGAUAGAGGUGCUGCAGGCCAUGGAGAAGAAUGUCAAGUUAGAUGAGGAAUAUAUUGCUGGUAGUCGCAGAGUGUAUGAGCUUGAAGUGAGGAAUCAAGCCGAGGCUUUAGAUAAACAACUCCGACGAGGAGCCUACAGAGACUCUCUGGAGAAUAGUGAGUACAUGGUGUACCUGCGCCAGAGCCAGCAGGAGCUUCUGAAGGAGGAGGAAAGGAGGUAUCGCUUUCUGGCAGAGAAGCACUGUGGCCUCACCCAAUCGCUGCUCUUCCUCAUAAACAAGACUGGAGCAUCUCUGCAGCAAAAAGCUGACGGAUGGAAGGAGAAAGUGAAUGAGACCAAAGGGCCCAGACCUCGAACUCCCACCCAUAUGGACCAAGAGGCACAGCUGCGAGGGUCAGUGAGCUCCCUGCUGCAGACAGUCGCCAGAGACGAAGACAUGUCCUGGGCCAAGAGGGAGCAGCAGGCACUGGGCAGAGUGCCCUCUAGAGCACCAUCUCCUCUCCCCAGCCGCUCACGCUCCAGCUCAGUGGGGGAAUCUCUGGGCCUGGGAGGAGGAAGAACAAUGAGGGCCCUGGUGUCUCACCCCACUUCCUCCAACCCCAAACUUCUGCCAUUUAACAGAGGCGAAACAGUCACUGUGUUGGUUCAGGAGCCACGAAAUGGCUGGCUGUACGGACACACUGAUAGCAGCGUGCGUCAGGGCUGGUUCCCUGCUGCUUAUGUGGCUCCCAUUGAGGAUUUCUCCAACACCAUCGGAUUAAGUGGUGGUUCUCUACGAAGCCACAGUUUGAACAAUCUGCUGGACCCCGCUGACUCCUACAGUGAACCGUCUGAGACCAAAAGCUAUGGAGAUGUCCCUCCUCCAGCCACGCCUCAUCGUAGGGCUUCUGUAGAUGUCCGGCUAGCCUCUCCACUUCCUGAGAAGAAGGCGGAGCCAGCAUUGGAAACUACACCUGGUCAAACAAAGAACUACAAUGAUGUUUCACAGCCGCCACCUCCCCCACCGCCGCCGCCUCUUCCCCAGAGUCAACAUCUUAGACGGGGCUCUACGGAGUUACGACCCACCGCUUCCCUUCCUGACAGGAAGGGCGACUCAUCAUCUGAUAUCCGGGCUUUAUCCCCCCAUGGGCCGCCUGAAAACCCACUGUUUCCAAGAGGCACAAACCCGUUUGCCACUGUGAAGCUUCGGUCCACGACGACUAAUGACAGAUCGGCUCCUCAAAUCCACUGAUGCAUCAGCGCACACGCACUGUGCGUUUUCCAUCACAGGCUGGCAGAUCAGGUGAAGCAGGUGGGAUAUUCAACAUCAGGUGAUUGUAAUCACUUCUGUUAGAAAGUGAUGGAUUUGACGUGCAGGGGCAGAAAAAGAUGAUGAGCUACCUGCCCCAGAGUAAAACUACCCUGUAGAAAACAUAAGUAGAUGUGUUAUCACCUGCAUUAUUGAUUUGAUGUCUUUGUUGUUAUUAUAAAUAGUAAUCUGAUGGUAGCAUUUAUUGUACGAGUAUUUGUUGUUAUUCCACGUUGUUGCAUCGCAGAGCCUUUUUAAAACUAUGGAGAUAAAGACAGUUUGGAAUUCACAUGUCAAAACAAUAAAUCUGC